UAAACCUUGGGUGCCAAACAAAUCACUUUUUAUUUCAAAGAAGAUGAUCCCUUGUACCGCCGGCGCUGGGGUUUUAUUAGCUGACAGAAACCCUUAAUGACUAGUCCUGUAACUUCAACUAUAAUUUCUUCGUUCAUAGUUCAACCCAAAAAUCUGUAAAUUUAGAACUAAUUUCUUAUUCGAAAUUCAACUCACUUCCAACACCAGGCCAUCUUCUACCAAAGACGCCGCCAAGCCGUUUCCAACCGCAACCACCGGAUAGACUCUUUUGGUAGAUAAAUAAAACGUUAUUUUGAAGAAUGAUAGCGGCAGUAUCAUGGGUGCCGAAGGGGGCAUCAAAGGCCGUGCCUGAAGAAGCUCAACUUCCUUCGAAGGAAGAAAUUGAGGAGAUGAUAAAAAGCGGUUCUUUGGAAGAGGAAAGUGAAUAUGGUCAUAGUGAAGAUGAUGAUGAAGAUAUGGGUAGUGAGGAUGUCGAGCAGAUUGAUGAAGUCUCACAAGCUUUAGCUGUAGCAGAUGCACUUGGAAAAAGUUCCAAAAGCAAGAGUUCAGGAACCAAAUUGGAUGAUAUAGCUGAUGGCUUGAAGGAACUUGACAUGGACCGUUAUGAUGAUGAGGAUGAAGGAGUUGAGCUUUUCAGCAAGGGGAUUGGAGACCUUUACUACCCAAGCAAUCAAAUGGAUCCAUAUCUUAAGGAUAAAGAUGAUGAGGACUCUGAAGACCUUGAGGAUCUGGUCAUUAAUGCAAAUGAUGCAGUUAUAGUUUGUGCACGCAAUGAGGAUGACGUCAGUCAUCUUGAGGUCUAUGUAUACGAGGAAGCAAAUGAUGGUGAAGUGAACUUGUAUGUUCACCAUCAUGUCAUCAUUCCAGCAUUUCCACUUUGCAUGGCUUGGCUUGAUUGCCCUCUUAACGGAGGAGAAAAAGGAAAUUUUAUGGCUGUUGGCUCUAUGGAACCUUCCAUUGAGAUAUGGGACCUUGACAUUAUCGAAGAAGUACAACCAUGUCUCAGUCUUGGUGGCAUUAAUGAGGAUAAGAAGAUGAAGAAUAAGAAGAAUAAGAAAGGAAAAAAGUCAUCCAUUGAAUACAAAGAAGGCAGUCAUACUGAUUCAGUAUUAGGUCUUGCUUGGAACAAAGAGUUCAGGAAUAUCCUAGCUAGUGCGAGCGCUGACAAAACUGUUAAGAUUUGGGAUGUGGUUGAAGGAAAAUGUACUUUUACCCUGGAGCAUCAUACAGAUAAGGUUCAGGCUAUUGCAUGGAAUCAUUAUGCACCCCAAGUUCUUCUUAGUGGAUCUUUUGAUCAUUCAGUUGUCAUGAAAGAUGCAAGGAUAUCUACACAUUCUGGUUUCAAGUGGACAGUUACAUCUGAUGUAGAAAGCUUGGCAUGGGAUCCACACACUGAGCAUUCAUUUGUGGUUAGCCUUGAAGAUGGUACAGUGAAAGGUUUUGAUAUUCGGACCACCAAAUCAGAUCAGUUUUCAGACUCACAACCAAGCUUUACUCUGCAUGCUCAUGACAAGGCAGUUUGUAGCAUCUCCUAUAAUCCAUUAGUACCCAAUCUUCUUGCAACUGGAUCUACAGAUAAGAUGGUAAAACUAUGGGAUUUGUCGAACAACAAACCGUCAUGUGUUGCAUCCAGGAAUCCUAAAGCAGGAGCUAUUUUUUCCAUUUCUUUUUCAGAGGAUAGUCCAUUUUUUCUGGCAAUUGGAGGGUCCAAAGGAAAUUUGGAGGUUUGGGAUACUUUAUCCGAUGCUGCAGUGUCGCAUAGAUUUAGCAGUUACAGCAAGCGUGGCAAAGUUUGAGACAUGAUCAAGUAGAAGCUGUUUGUUUGGUGAGAUGGAGUGCUUGUCCUUUUAAGAUUCGAAGUUUUGCGAUUUUUCUAUAAGUUUAUCACGUCGUGGACAAGAAUAUAAUGAAAGAGGGAGGAAAGGUUAAGUAGAUUUGACCCAAAAAAAAGAAAGGUUUUGUUCCUGGUGUAAAAUAAUUUUGUACUUGUGUUCCUAAUGGGCAUAAGCGUAGCGUUCUUGUUUUCUUGUUGAUUUUAUUUUUCUGGUGUUAAAUAAAAUGACUUUUUUAUCAACA